CACGUCGUCUGGGGUGCUUGUUGAAAAUGGCGGCGCUAGUUGUGUGUCGGUUUGCAAGAAGAGGCUGGCUGUGGAAGCUUCCCUUGACUACACGAAGAGAUUUUUGGUCUCGAUCCAGGAAGGAGGAGGAGCCGGUGGUGGCUGAGACAGUGGAAGAAGUGAAAAAAGAACCUGUUUUGGUGUGCCCGCCCUUACGAAGCCGAGCGUACACACCACCCAGAGAUCUCCAGAGUCGCUUGGAAUCUCAUAUUAAAGAAGUUCUUGGUUCUUCUCUUCCUGAUAAUUGGCAAGAUAUCUCCCUGGAUGAUGGACAUGUGAAGUUCAGACUCUUAGCAGACUUAGCUGAUGACUUAGGCCAUGCAGUGCCUAACUCCAGGCUUCACCAAAUGUGCAGGGUCAGAGAUGUUCUUGAUUUCUAUAAUGUUCCUGUUCAAGAUAGAUCUAAAUUUGACGAACUCGUUGCUAGUAAUUUGCCUCCCAAUUUGAAAAUCAGUUGGAAUUACUGAGCAGUCCGGUUCUUAUUCUCCUCACCCGGGUGACUAACACACUGUGAGAUGUUACCUAUCAGAACUUGUCUCAAAACUUCCUUUUCCUAUACUUUAUUUUUCUCCUUGUAGAAGAAUACAUCUUUUUUUAUUUUCCUCAUGGAGAAUCAACAAAGAAAACGUUUUCACAUUUGCUAAAGCUAUUUUUUCCCCAAUAAAAUCAAGUCUUGAUAAUUCAUGAAAAUGUUCUUAUUCCAAGGUAUAUAUAGUCAGGGUUGUUGAGAGGAACAGAAGUAAUAGCAUGAAAACAUAUUUAAAGGGAAUGUAUUUUGUUAGCUUACAUUAGGAUCUGGGUGGUCCAUCAAAGGCUGUUUCACACCAGAGAGGCGGAGAACCUGGUAGUUGCGCUCUUCACGGGGCUGACUGUCUGAGCAGUACCAAGCUGUUACUGCGGGCCUGGAGAUUCUUUGAAGAGCAUACUGAUCUUUAGUCCACACUGGCCACCUGAAGAAACUGUUCUACUACAAAUGAAGAGCUGCAGCAACGGCAGGAACAAGAUAGAUGUACUUGUCAGCAGAGUGAAGGCAAGCGGGCGGAAAGCCAACCUCCUGCAUGGGUUCUGCUCCCAUUUACGGUGCACUUCCUUCUUGGUAAGCUGACUAAGAAAAUCCCUCAGUGGAGAGGCCAACUGCUUGUAUUUCACUUGACUCCAGAUCAGUCAAGUUGACAACCAAGAUUAACCAUCACAUGAAAACACUAAGUAACUUGGGUUUCAAAUAGGAGGCCAUUGCAAGUUCGGGUAGAUGUUUUCUUUGCCUUUCAUGUGGCUAAAGUAGUAGUUUCAAUAAAAUGAAUCUUAUUAAGGCUCAAAGAUAUGUGGUUAUUAUAUAUAUGUAUACAAAUAAAGAAAUGUGUUGGUUUCUGCGUC